UGGAGACAAGAACAUGACCUUGCUUGCUUGAACAACAUCAUUGGAAUCUGCGGAGUAUCAGCCAUUGCUGCUGGCAUACCUCAAACCCUAUCGUCUGACUUAAGUAUAUCCUCUAUUCACACUAUCCAUCUCGUCCUUCCCCACUACCUCAAAUAUGACAGAUGAACUGUACACCUUUUGCACACCGUACUGACAUCUGAAAAGAGUCCUACACCAUAUACCGCCGCCCCCACCUUCCUCCGCCUAUCCCAUCAGACAAUUAUCUUAUUGGGGAUUGAACAAUCAGACAAGUGCAUUGCGUCGACGUCCUACAUUGAAUACGAACAAGCAUAGAUCAUACUACUUUUUCGGCUACCCCUUAACCAAUUCGUCACUGUCUCACUAGACAUCUUCAUGAUGUUUCGAACAACUCCACCAAGCUUCUUUCGUCAACUGCCCGCUCUCCUUAAGUUUAGGCUUCAUCAACCUAUGCCUUUGACCCAACGGGAGUCUACACAAUUGCUCGAACUUCUCACAACAUCAUUCCGACAACAACUUGACUCCGAGCAUGGACCAUCAAACGCGAGUACCAAAGUCGGAGCAAUUGAAUCCCAUCAACAGCAUGAAAAUGGCAGACCUAGGCGCCGUUCAGAUUCUGGCUACAGGUACACGGAUCGACAUAUUAAAUCCAUUCUUACAAAUCCCCUUUUCAAGCAAGGAACGUCAAAGAGUGAGCCUGGAUCCACGCAAGAUCCCAUGGACACAUUUGAUAGAGCUGUCGGACGCGGAAUGAUGACUGUAAACUCUGCAAAAGCAAUCUUGAUAGCCAAAAAGAGACAACUUCAGUCCUCACAUGAAACAUUAGAAGAAAGUAUGAAGAAAUCGGGUGCCGGUCUCAAAAUUCUAAAGUGGUUGACUUCAAGUGGUCUGAAUCAGAACACCGAGUUCUUGUUGCAGGACCGAAAAUUCGGGGUUCUGCUUUUUGAGUUCAUGCGUGCAGAAGGUUACGAAGAAGUUUUCUGGGAGUGGAUAAAUAAAGCCAUUCAUGCUCCCAGCGCUACGAAAGCCGAAUUCCGUGGUCUUGCUCAGCUCCUUUCUAAAAUCGUUAAACUCACUGCCAAGCUAGAAGCAUCUUUCAACGAUUCUAUUUCUAUUCUACAUCGAAUAACAGACAUGUCGAAAGACCUGCCUUUGCAACAAAUCCAUGACCUUCUCAUAAGUCCUGGCCAACAUAUAUUUCACAUGAUUUUAGAGUCCUCUCGACAAGUGCGAGAAGCUACUUCAAUAGAAUCUUUCAAGACAUUCCAACAAAUUUUACCAGUAUUCAGCAUCCAUGAUGUUGAGCUGCAUACUUUAGACAUUUAUUCUCCAUACCAUCGAUCUGCAAAUCACUUCUUAGAAUUCCUUCGACAACGACCCUCUUCAAUGAAAUCGGAGACUGAGGAUCCCGGAAGACGUUUUGAACAUAAUGAAGCGAAGAAGAUGGUCUCAAUAUCUCUCAUGGCAGCGAAAAUCCUACUUGAGCAAAAUCGGGUCAAUGAUGCAACGUGGAUUAUGGAACGACUGCGCACGAAUUAUCCCAAGCUAUUAGGAAUUGAAGCAGAUAUCCAGGAACGAAAGGGAGAAGUUGACGAGGCAUCAAGCAUUCAAAUACUGGAAUCUUUCAGCAUAACUUGAAUGAUUAUACCAUUGUAACUAUAUUGCGUUUGGCGUUAUUGGGGGGUUUAUUCCCAUGGACUUAUGGGGAAAAUGGACCUAUGGGUGGUUGGAUUGGUAGGAAGUGGAUUUUGUUAACGAUAUCUCAUGGUUAUGUAUAGCAUCAGACCCAAUCCAAGUUUAUGAAUGACUUAUUU